GAAGUAUAAACCCCCAGCGUCAGACAGUCAAUCUCAAGAGAACCAAUUCCUCGUCCAUCACCAUCAUCCUCUUUCGACCAACGACAAGAGAGCGCCGCCGCCGCUGCCGCGACUGGCUCCCAAAGACGCUCAGGUAGUCUACGCCAGGCUGUUAAAGGGGACAACAUAAUCCGUAAAGAGGCAACGGAAGCAGCAGCAAGAUGGAUUACGUGGAUAAGGAAGCGUCGGCUGGCGCUGAGCCCUUGGAUCACUCGGUCUCGAAGUCCGUGGGAGAUGUCAAUCUCGAUCAGAACCACCAACUCGAGCGUGGUCUCAAGAGUCGCCACAUCCAGUUCUUGGCGCUGGGCGGAGCUAUCGGAACAGGUCUAUUCGUAGGCAGCGGGCAGAUCCUCGCGACGGUUGGCCCUGCGCCGCUGUUCAUGGCCUACCUGUCCAUGAUGUUCGUCGUCUGGAUCGUCAUGAACGUCCUCGCUGAGAUGACGACCUACCUCCCGAUGAAGGGUAUAUCGAUCCCGUACUUCGUAGGCCGCUUCGUCGAGCCCUCUCUCGCCUUCGCCACUGGCUGGAAUUACUGGUACGCGUACGCCAUCCUCGUGGCUGCCGAGUGUACGGCCGGUGCCAUCAUCAUCUCGUACUGGACAAACGCCGUGCACGUCGCUGUCUGGAUCGCCAUUCAGCUCAUCGUUAUCUUGUUCCUCAACAUCGUGGCCGUGUCAUGGUUCGGAGAAGCCGAGUUCUGGUUCGCCAGUAUCAAGCUGAUCACAAUCAUCGGCCUUAUCAUCCUGGGUAUCGUCUUGUUCUUCGGUGGCGGCCCGAAUCACGACCCCUUGUACUUCAAGAACUGGCAAGACCCGCCUGGAGCCUUCGUCCCGUAUCUGGCGGAGGGCAGCUGGGGUCGGUUCCUCGCGUUCUGGACCGCCUUCGCGCGCGCCGGUUUCUCAUUCAUCACUUCGCCCGAGCUGAUCGCGCUAUCCGCCGGUGAGACCGUGGCGCCGCGCCGCAACAUCCCCAAGGCCGCGCGACGAUACAUCUGGCGUCUCGCCAUCUUCUACGGUCUUGGAUCGCUCAUCAUCGGCAUCCUUGUGCGUAACGACGACCCCCGGCUUUUGUCUGGCAACUCGGACGCAUCCGCCAGUCCGUUUGUCAUCGGCAUCCAGAGAGCUGGAAUCCCGGUCCUCAACCACCUCAUCAACGCCGCCGUUCUCACAUCAGCGUGGUCCGCCGGCAACGCCUUCUGCUUCUCCGGCUCCCGUGUGCUCUACUCCAUGGCCCUGAGCGGGCAGGCGCCCAAGUGGUUCGCCAUUACCAGCAAGCGCGGUGUUCCUUAUGUCGCAGUGCUCUUCACCGUCUCCAUCGGCGCGCUCGCCUUCCUCAACGUCUCGAACUCGGGCGCCGUCGCCUUCGCAUGGUUCAGCAACAUCUCGACAAUCUCCGGUUUCAUCGCCUGGAUCGUCGUCAUGAUCACAUACCUGCGCUUCCGCAAGGCCAUGAUCUACCACAACAUGCUCGACGCGCUGCCCUUCCGCACCCCGUUCCAGCCCUACGCGACCUGGUUCAUGCUGUUCCUGAUCAGCGUCCUGACCUUGACCAACGGAUUCCAGGUCUUCGUCAACUUCACCGCCUCGAGCUUCUUGGCCGCCUACAUCACCAUCCCGAUUUUCUUGGGUCUUUACUUUAUCCACAAGAUCUGGUUCCGGACGCCGUUCGCGAUUAAGAUUGAGGAUGUGGACGUCAUCACUGGCAAGAAGGAGAUGGACGAGUUAGCUGAAACGGACGAGGAGCCACAACCUAAGAAUAUCUGGCAGAAAAUAUGGUUCUGGCUGGCAUAAGGUGGCGCAUAUUACUACCACUUAUUGAGGGAUUGUACUUAUAAUAAUAAAUGAUUUAGAAGCAGCGGGAUUAGAUUCCAACAUAUUUGUACCACAAUGCUUAUUGCCCUUCUUUCCAUCGCGAUGAAUUCCCAGAUUAGCAAUUGUUGAACAAGUGUCUAUAAAAUUAACAUCCCGAGCCGUCCGUGAUGUCCCGCGCUAAUCUUAGAAGUCGGGACGAGGCGGGAGAAAUA